AUGAAGAAACUCAAUAUCUAUAUUGAUUACCGUUACCGUGACGAUGAGAACAGCAUCAUGGGCUAUCCUUUCUGGUUCAAAAUGAUCACAGAUUUUUCUCAGGUGGAAGAACUUACAGUCGAUAUCAGCGAUCAUAGAGAUAUAACAAAUUACCAUGACUUUAUUGAGGUUUGCCCCAAGAUCAAGGAACUCAGGUUGAGAAUUGAUCGUCAUUAUGUUCCUCGCAGUCAAUACAAGAAACGCCGUUAUUUUAGCUCAUUGGUUCCAAACACAACUAUCACUAUACUUGAAGUACAACACAGUUUUCUUAGAAAACCUGAUCUGAAUUACAGCAUGAAGAAGUUUAAAGAAUUAAAGAGCUUAUAUAUUAUAUAA